GAGAAAUGUCAAAAGUUUCGCGACCGCCGGCGACUCCGAAAACAAAAACGCGCUAUUUGUGGAAAUUUUGUUCGUUUUUCCUGUAAUUUUCCCGGAAAACCCUGCUAAAAGUGAGCUAGAAAUCAGUGCGAAAGCCGGCACGACCCGACGGAAAUGACGUCGAUCAUUAAACUGCACGCCAUUUCCGGCGCCAUGGAUGAAUCGCCACCGUGCUACAUUCUGCAAGUGGACGAGGUUCGCUUCCUGCUGGACUGCGGCUGGGACGAGAAGUUCGAUCCCAACUUCAUCAAAGAGCUGAAGAAGUACGUCCACACCAUCGAUGCGGUGUUGCUAUCAUACCCAGAUGGACUCCAUCUGGGCGCCCUGCCAUAUCUGGUCGGCAAGCUGGGCUUGAAUUGUCCAAUCUACGCCACAAUUCCGGUGUACAAAAUGGGCCAGAUGUUCAUGUACGAUCUGUUUAUGUCGCACUACAACAUGUACGACUUUGACCUGUUCACGCUGGACGACGUGGAUGCGGCUUUCGAUCGAAUUAUCCAGCUCAAAUACAACCAGAGCGUCUCGUUGAAGGGCAAGGGGUACGGAAUAACGAUCACUCCGUUACCAGCAGGGCACUUGAUCGGUGGCACGAUUUGGAAGGUGAUGAAGGUCGGCGAAGAGGAUAUCGUGUAUGCUACCGAUUUCAACCACAAGAAGGAACGGCAUCUGAACGGUUGUGAGCUGGAGAAAUUGCAGCGGCCAUCCUUGCUGAUCACCGAUGCCUACAAUGCAAAGUAUCAGCAGGCUCGACGAAGGGCCCGAGAUGAGAAAUUCAUGACGAACAUUCUGCAAACGUUAAGAAACAACGGCAAUGUGUUGGUCACUGUGGACACGGCCGGUCGAGUGCUAGAGUUGGCACACAUGUUAGAUCAGCUUUGGAAAAACAAGGAGUCCGGACUGAUGGCCUAUUCACUGGCUUUGUUGAACAAUGUAAGUUACAAUGUUGUGGAGUUUGCAAAAAGCCAAAUCGAAUGGAUGAGUGACAAAUUGAUGAAGAGCUUCGAGGGCGCCAGGAACAAUCCGUUUCAGUUCAAGCAUCUGCGGUUGUGUCAUACCAUGGCUGAUUUGGCUAAGGUGCCGAGUCCCAAGGUGGUCUUGGCCAGUUCGGCAGACAUGGAGAGUGGAUUCUCGCGAGAGCUGUUUGUUCAAUGGGCAAGUAAUGCGAACAACAGUAUUAUCAUCACCUGUAGAUCAUCGCCCGGUACCCUGUCCAGGGACCUGAUCGAGAACGGUGGCAAUGGCCGAAAGAUAGAGCUGGACGUACGACGUCGUGUCGAAUUGGAGGGAGCCGAGCUCGAAGAAUAUAUGCGAACAGAAGGAGAGAAGCACAACCGAUCGAUCAUCAAAAGCGACAUGGAUCUUGACAGCAGUUCCGAUUCUGACGACGAGCUGGAGAUGAGCGUCAUCACAGGGAAGCACGACAUAGUCGUACGGCCGGAAGGCCGUUCCCAUACUGGAUUUUUUAAAUCGAGCAAAAAGCAGUACGCAAUGUUUCCGUUCCACGAAGAAAAGAUCAAAUUUGACGAAUAUGGUGAAAUAAUUCAACCGGACGACUACAAGAUGAUUGAUCUGGGCCCUGACGGUGGUUUCGAGGACAACAAGGAAAAUCAAAUCAAACCUGAAGACAUCAAAAAGGAAAAGGGUGAAGAACUCUCCGUUCUGGACAAACCCACCAAGUGCAUCAGCAGCCGCAAGCUGGUGGAGAUCAACGCUCAGGUCCAGUUUAUUGAUUUUGAAGGACGUUCAGAUGGAGAGUCGAUGCUGAAAAUCCUAUCUCAGCUCCGCCCUCGUCGGGUGGUGGUCAUACGCGGAUCGCCUCAAAACACCGCUCACAUUGCCGAACACUGUCAGCUGAACAUCGGAGCCAGGGUGUUCACACCGAACCGAGGCGAGGUCAUCGAUGCGACCACCGAGACCCACAUCUACCAGGUGCGGUUGACGGAGGCGUUGAUUUCCCAGCUGGAAUUCCAGAAGGGCAAGGAUGCCGAAGUGGCUUGGGUUGAUGCGCAGAUCGUCAUCCGGAACAAGCAAUUCAGUGCACAAGGGGCUGAGGAUGAUGUUAGCGGACCGCUGAGUGGCAUGACCAACAAUGCUACCACCAACAAUGCAAUUGCAGCUGCGGCGGCAGCUGCUUCCGAUACGCCGAUGGAUGUCGAUCAGGUUGAAGGUGGCGAUGACAAAAGCGAUCGACAGAUACUGACCCUGGAACCGAUGAAGAACGAAGAACUGCCGGCACACAACUCGGUGUUCAUCAACGAGCUGAAGCUGAUUGACUUCAAGCAAAUCCUCAUGAAGGCGAACAUCAAUUCGGAGUUCUCUGGCGGUGUCCUGUGGUGCAGCAACGGAACGGUAGCGUUGCGACGAGUGGACACCGGUAAGGUUACGGUGGAGGGUUGCCUAUCUGAGGAGUACUACAAAAUACGAGAGCUCUUGUACGAGCAGUAUGCUAUUGUUUAACUAUACAGUCUAAAUAAAGUAUCCAUUAGAUGCUUGUUCCAUCCAUUUGA